ACCCACCAAGGCCCAAAAUACGAAGAAGAAGGCCCGAAGGAGGCCUCCUCGCUGCGCCGAAUGCCCAAACGCACACAGGCGCCGCCUGUUCGCUGUCCUGUCCUCCGCCGGCCGCCGCCCUUCACCGGAGCGCUGUGCCCCCCACGCCGUCCUGCCCGGUCUGCCCCCGCCGCUUCGCACAACCGUGCCCUGCCGCCGUUCCCCGGCCCCUCGGCAGCCCGCCUUCGCGCCGGUCAUUUUUGGCCCCGUCCGCCGGGCUCCUGCCGCUGUGCGGCCUGCGCCUGGUACAAGGACUGCCGCCCUGCUCCCGCCGACCAGGCGCUGACGCCCGACGCCGAGGAACGCCGGGUAGGGAUCGCUGCUCGCUCCCGUUUCCGCUGGGUAAUUUCUAAUUACCUCUCGAGCAGUGUAUUUUUGUUAUCGAUUUGUCAAGUUAAGUUGAUGGAUUUUGCUACGAAUUCACCCGCUAUUAUUUCUAGUAUUUGUCAUGUUUUAUGUACGUACUUUGUUGGAUAGUUGAGCAUUGAGUUCAAAUUCUACAUCCAUCCACGACCUAGACAUGGCAGCUACGCGUCCGGAGGGUUCGGCGGAGGAGCAUCGGAUGCGGGCGGCGCUGCGCCACCUGCAGGCGGAGGCCGGAGUGCUCGAGCGCCUGGUCUACAAGCACAGGAACCAGCACCGCGGUGCCGCCUACUUCCAGUACCUCCUCAAGGUGCGGAGGGACGAGAAGCUGCUGCUCGGCGCCAAUCUCAUGGAGGUCAUCAGCGCGGUGUUCCCGGUCAUCACCUGUCGUAAGCCAGCCAACACUAUUCUUGUUCCGAACAGGCAGGGUAAGAGGAAGCCUGGUGCAAACCAUUGCCAAUAUAAGAGGCUUUUGGGGGUUGCCCGUUUGCUGUCCCAGUUGGCUGAACCUGUUAUGAAGGGAGCAGUCCAGAUCAGCUUUUUACUUGCUAGAUCUUUUUUCGUAGAACUUUGCACUGCAGUGCUUGCUUUGCUUGCACGAGUGAGGGUCCUGACUCAACAGAUGUUACUUGAUGUUGUAUCAGUAUACAACAAGGUUACUGAUCUUACGGAUAAAAAGCAGUCUGUUAAGAUCAGUAUUGGUAAAGUGCAGGCAUGUUUUGCUUCCACACUAUUACUCUGUAAUCCUUGAUCAUGGAAAAAAAAAGGUAAAGCAUAAGAUCAUGCUUUCACACAAAAGUGCAGUGGCUGGACCUUGCAGUUACCUCUCCACAUAACUCCUUGGUUUCGCCUCUUCAUUUCACAGGCUUUCAGAGAGUACUACCCCUCGAGUAACAAUCCCAGUACUAUACUGGAGUGUGUAUGGGUAAAAGAUAAAUUUGUUUUGCAUGAAAAGACAAAAGCUAGCAGUCAGAAAACCCAAGAGAUGGAAAGCCUUGAUGGAGCGAACACCCCAGCCAAGCAACAACAUGAUGCUUCUCUGGCUGACCAACCAGAUAAAGCCACCCAUUGCGGCGAUGCUGGAGAUUCUCACAGCGGGAGGCAACUACCAGAUGAUCAAAACACUCCGGGUUCUCUUCUUGGCACGCCCACUGCUGCGCCGACUCCACGCAGAGAUGUCAAGCCUGAUACGAGGAAGAGAGUGGCAUUCAUCGCGGUGGGGAAAACAAAAGUCACCGUGACACCGCCUGAAACAUCAUCAUCCGUAGUUGCCAAGAAGCAAAGAGUGGACACGAUUCCACAGACCGCUGCAGAUCCCGCUUUGUAACUCUGAAAGAAUGACCGGGUCGGCCUGAUCAAUGUGUUCUCGAUGCUUUGUUGCAUUCUUACCGCAUCUCGUUUUAGUACCAAGAGAUUGUUCUUUUUUCACCAA